AUGUCCUCCCAUGCAAUGUCAAUUACCUUCACUUGCCAAGCUGAUGCGCUGGAUAUUGUGGUAUCAGUACUAGCAAGGCACAAAACCGAUGAUUAUUACGCAUAUGAACGAGGAGAAAAAUGGUACAUGGGCCUUGGAAAUCAAGCAUCAUUGGUGGUUGACUCCGAAGCGAGGAAUAUGACCAUUGAUACAGAAUCUGGUCGAAUAUCGCGCCCAAUUGAUGGAUCUUCGGUCUCUGACAUUGUGAGAAAAUUCAUCUCAGAGAACGUGAAAGUCGGCUAUAAGAUAUUUGGCCAGGCUGGGUUCAACUAUGCGGCACAUAUUCGAGGGCAAGCAUUCAGACCUGGCAACUGGCCCCUUCUAGCCCUGCUUAUUCCCCGCAUCGACAUUCUUAUUCAUCAACAUUCUGUGACCGUUAAGGGAAUUGAUGGCGAAGAAGUCAAGGCCUUAUAUCAGUCAAUUCGACUUGAUACUAGUGGCCCCUGCCUAGUCUGCCCUCAGGAUGGUUUUGCCAUUGAUACUCGGGACGUCAAAGGCGAAUACUCCGCUAGAGUUGAAAAAGCUUUGUCUGACAUAUCGCAAGGGUUAUACACGAAGGUUAUUCCGUCUCGUGCAUUGGAGAUUAAGCACAAGAUCAACAUGCCCGCUACUCUGCUUGCCGGGAGACGAUUCAACACUCCCGCGCGAACAUUCUCCUUGAAUCAUGGCGGCUUCCAGGCCACAGGCUUUAGCCCAGAGCUAGUGAUGUCACUCGAUAAUGGAAGGGUAGUGACUGAACCCUUGGCUGGAACGAGGUCACUCAAAGGAACCAAGAAAGAAGUCAGGAAGUUGCGCGACGAGCUGCUAAACGACCCAAAGGAAAUCUUGGAACAUGUUUUGUCGGUCAAAGAAGCAACCACAGAGCUUCAAAAGCUAUGCCUACCAGACACUAUCAUGGUCGAGGAUCUCAUGUCAAUCAGAUCGCGUGGCUCUGUUCAGCAUCUGGGUUCUCGCGUUGCUGGGACUCUAUCGCCAGGAAAGGAUAUGUGGGAUGCUUUUGAAGUCUUGUUUCCGUCAAUUACGGCAUCAGGGAUUCCAAAGCAUGCAGCUAUUGAAGCCAUCGAAAGGUUGGAGGAUAGCCCGCGAGAGCUCUACUCUGGCGCCGUUUUCAUGAUUGAAGAUCCAAAGUCAUUUGAGGCGGCACUGGUCCUACGCACUGUGUUCCAGGAUCAGAAUCGUACAUGGAUCCAGGCUGGAGCUGGCGUCAUUGCUCAGUCCAACCCGCAGCGAGAACUGACCGAAACGUGCGAAAAGCUGGCAAGCAUUGCACCAUAUGUGGUGACAGAUAUUUAA